CAGAACGCCAAAAUGUGUAUAACUUGUGAGUGACGUAGUGCGCUGGUUUGUCGACGUAGCUGACGGAGUUCAAGAUGGCGGAGUAUUUGGCGUCCAUUUUCGGUACAGAGAAAGAUAAAGUCAAUUGUUCUUUCUACUUUAAAAUCGGAGCCUGUCGUCAUGGAGACCGAUGUUCCAGAUUGCACAAUAAGCCGACUUUCAGCCAGACCAUCUUGAUUCAAAACAUCUACCGUAAUCCCCAAAACAGUGCACAGACGGCCGACGGCUCUCACUGUGCGGUCAGUGAUGUGGAGAUGCAGGAGCACUACGAUGAGUUCUUUGAGGAGGUCUUCACUGAGAUGGAGGAGAAGUACGGGGAGGUGGAGGAGAUGAACGUAUGCGAUAACCUGGGGGAUCACCUGGUUGGGAAUGUGUAUGUGAAGUUUCGCCGUGAGGAGGACGCAGAGAAAGCGGUCAUGGACCUGAAUAACCGGUGGUUCAAUGGUCAGCCCAUCCAUGCAGAGCUCUCUCCGGUUACUGACUUCAGGGAGGCCUGCUGCCGCCAAUACGAGAUGGGGGAGUGCACUCGAGGAGGAUUCUGCAACUUCAUGCAUCUGAAGCCCAUCUCUCGUGAGCUACGCAGGGAGUUGUAUGGUCGUCGCCGCAAUAAAAGGCAUCGCUCUCGCUCACGGUCUCGCGAACAACCGCAACAACGACGUUCCCGCUCCCGGGACCGGGGCAGAGGCGGUCGGGAUCGGGAGAGGCGGAGGUCAAGGGACCGCGAGCGUUCUGGAAGAUUCUGAGUGGAUACCCGACUUCUCCUGCCUCCUCCUCCAGCUUAGAAUCGUAUCCCAAUGACCAAAAUGUGACCGAACCGUUUCCCUUUUUUUCUUAUCCCCUCCCCCCCCCCCUCUUUUUUUUUUUAAGAACUUAAAAAGCUUGCUUUCUCAAUAAAAAUAACUUUCUAGUAAAUGA